ACGUGGGAGCUUCCACCUAGUCCAGAGGCCGUGCAGGAGGGUCAGGUGGGUUCAGGCCAGCGUGGCAGGCUGGCGUAGAAUCUGGCGCAUACCCUCCAGGUGGAUGGUGUGGACUGAUUGCUUUAGGUUGAGCGUGACCACGGAGCACAGGUAAAAACUCAACAGUUCUUAAUUACUAGGUACCCACUCUGCUUCAGGCACAUUUCCUUCACUGAAGGGCAAAACAGUCUCAUCCAUGUCUGCCAACUCCUCAGUGGUGGUUUUAUCCAUCUUCUCUGAGCACCUUCAAGGAGUGGAAAGGAGGCAGGCUCAGAGCACAGUGAGCAAGGAAGGAGUCUGCGGUGACAUAGAAGCUCAUGUUCCUGAACACUGAUGAUGACGCCAGGCACCGCCUCAGCCCACUGUUUGUAUUGUGCCUGUGCUCAGUCGCUUCAGACUCUAUGACCCCAGGGACUGUAGCCCGCCAGGCUCCUCUGUCCAUGGGAUCCUCCAGACAUGAAGGGGCCAGAAGAAAAACGCACCAAAACUAAGAACCUAGGGGGGGCAUCAGCCCAAGUGGAGAACUGCAGCCUCCAGAAGACUCCAGUCUUUGAAGACAGUGGGGAGGCUCUCAGCAGCUACUGGCUGAUGAAGUCAGAGCCAGAAAGUCGACUGGAGAAAGGCGUGGAUGUGAAGUUCAGCAUCGAGGAUCUCCAGGCACAGCCCAGGCAGACGACGUGCUGGGAUGGUGUUCGCAACUACCAGGCCCGAAACUUCCUGAGGGCCAUGAGGCUGGAUGAGGAGGCCUUCUUCUACCACAGCAACUGCAGAGAGCCGGGCAUCGCGGGCCUUGUGAAGAUUGUGAAGGAGGCUUACCCAGACCACACACAGUUUGAGAGAAACAAUCCCCACUAUGAUUCAUCCAGCAAGGAAGACAACCCCAAGUGGUCCAUGGUGGACGUACAGUUUGUGCGGACGAUGAAGCGUUUCAUUCCCCUGGCCGAGCUCAGAGCCCAUCACCAAGCACACAAAGCCUCUGGCGGCCCUUUGAAAAACAUGGCUCUCUUCACUCACCAGAGACUGUCUGUCCAGCGCCUGACCCGAGAGGAGUUUGAUUUUAUCCUGAGCCUGGAGGAAAAGGAACCGAGUUAAUGGAGGCGUGGCUGCUGAAAUGGACAAGAUGUUGCCCCAAAGUCAAGCUACCACAAGACGAGAGGCAGUGUGGGGAGCACGCUGGUUGUGAGCAGUGGGGCCUGGUCCUUUCUAAUAAACACCCAUGCUUAA